GAGUGGAUUAAAAGAACAUGGCAUUUCUGCAGUACAUAACAGUUUCAAACUAGCAUACCACCAUAAUUAACUAAAGUGACUAUCACAAAUAAUGUGAUAAGAUGUCAUCAUAUGCCUCCUGAUAUUCCCUGAGAAGAAUGCAACAUCAUUUCUGUGGUAUUCCUUCCAAAAAGCAUUAAUAAAUCACAAGGAAACAUUAGAGAAAGCCAAAUUGGAGGGACAUUCUCCAAGGAACUGUCUUGUAAUCAUUAAAAGUAUCUAGAUUAUAAAAUUCAGGACAAGUCUGAAAAGUUCUUUGGCUACAGAUGAUUAAAGAGACAUGAGAGCUAAAUGCAAUGUCUGCUUCUGAACUUGCUGCAAAGGACAUUAUUGGGACCAUUCACUGAAUUUGAAUGGGGUCUGAUGAGUAAGUGUAUUAAUGUUGAUUUCUUAAUCUUGGUAAUUAUUUUGUGGUUAUGUGGGACAUGUCCUUGUUUGUGAUGGGUCUUUGAGUCAGAAAUUUACUCUUAAAUGGUUCAGGGGGAAAAUUUUUCCUUGUACUAUGCAAUCUAUGUUGAAGCCCCAUAGGAUUUUCUUCAUCUUGUCACUCAUGUUUGUACCUAUUACUGCCUCCAAAUAGUAUGGUUAUUUUUGGUUUUUGAUGGAUCUUAAGAUUUUUCCCCACCAGAUGGUUGACUUUAUUUGCCUGGAUAUUUCUAGACUAGCUUGUCUAGAGGUGCUAAGCAACUGGUUACUCAAAGUUGUGUUUUUGUUAUUUUUUACCCAUCCCCAGGUUGGUCAUCUCAGGACUCUAUCUUCUCAGGAAGGAGAAAUGAACAAGUUUCACGACACAAUUACAUUUAAGGAUGUGGCUAUUGACUUUACUGAGGAGGAAUGGCAACAAUUGAAACCUGCUCAGAGGAAUCUGUACAGGGAUGUGAUGCUGGAGAACUAUAACAACCUAUUAACAGUGGGCUAUCAACUAAUCAAGCCAAAUGUCAUUUUCAAGUUGGAGCAGGAAGAACAGCUAUGUGUAGUCAAAGAAGAAAUAUUAAGACAACGUUCAGAGAAUUCGGAAUAUGGUGAACUGAUGGAGAGAGAACAGCAAAGAUUUGUGAAAAGACUUGCAACCAUACUUGAGAAAACCUUGACUGAGGAAAAAAACAGUGAAGUUAAAAAAGUUGGAAAAAUUUCUUCUUUGGACUUGGAUAUUAAUUUUACAAGUAAAUGCCUCUACAAAUGUAACUCUUUUGGAAAGAAUUUGAAACAGAAUUUAGACUUACUUUAUCAAGAUAGAGGCCAGGAAAAGAAACAUCAUGAAUAUAGUAAGUCUGGUAAAUGUUGCCCUAGGUCAUCCUCUAUUUUAGUAGCCUCUUUUAAGUGUGCUCAGUGUAGAAAAGUCUUCAUUCAGGAGUUUGACCUCAUCAGACAUUUGAGAAUUCAUAAUGUGGAGAAACCUUAUGAAUGUUAUGAAUGUGGAAAAUCCUUUAUCCGGAAGGAAUACCUUAAUUCACAUCAGAAAAUUCAUACAGGAAAGAAGCCUUUUGAAUGCAGCGAAUGUGGAAAAGCUUUCAUUCACAUGCCAAACCUCAUUAGACACCAUAGAACUCACACGGGAGAAAAACCAUAUUCAUGUAAGGAAUGUUGGAAAGCCUUCAGCCACAAAUCAAAUCUCAUUGAGCAUGAGAAAAUUCACACUGGAGAGAAACCCUAUGAAUGUAAUGAAUGUAGGAAAACCUUCAGCCAGAAGAGAAGUCUUAUAGACCAUGAGAAAAUUCAUACUGGAGAGAAACCAUAUGAAUGUAAUGAGUGUGGGAAAGCCUUCUCUCGAAUUUCAUCCCUUACCAUACACAUAAGAAGGCACACAGGGGAGAAACCCUAUAAAUGUAAUAUAUGUGGUAAAGCCUUCUCUCAGUGCUCAGCAUUCAUUUUACAUAUGAGAAGUCACACAGGUGAGAAACCUUACGAAUGUAAUGAAUGUGGGAAAACCUUCUCUGGAAAGUCAUCUCUUACUGUACAUGAGAGAAAUCAUACUGGUGAAAAACCUUAUGAGUGUAAUGAUUGUGGAAAAGCUUUUAUUCAGAUGUCAAAUCUUAUCAGACACCAAAGAAUUCAUACUGGAGAAAAACCUUACACAUGUAAGCAAUGUGGGAAAGCCUUUAGUAAUAAAUCAAGUCUCACCGAGCAUGAAAAAAUUCAUACUGGAGAGAAACCUUAUGAGUGUCCUAACUGUGAAAAAGCAUUUAGAUAUAAGAAAAACCUCAUUGAGCAUCUGAAAAUUCAUACUGGAGAAAAACCAUAUGAAUGUAAUGAAUGUGGGAAAGCCUUCUCCCGAAUUUCAUCUCUUACCAUACAUAUAAGAAGUCAUACAGGGGAGAAACCCUAUGAAUGUAAUGAAUGUGGGAAAGCCUUCUGUCAAAGCUCAUUACUUAUGACACAUAUGAGAAGUCAUAGAGGUGAGAAACCAUUUAAAUGUAAUGAAUGUGGGAAGGCUUUUACUCAAAAAGCAUCUCUUACUGUACAUUUGAAAGGUCAUACAGAUGAGAAGCCAUAAGUGUAUUGUAUGUGGAAAAGCCUCUGUAAUUUUAGUUCUUGCUUUACAUGUGAGGACAUAUACAGGUGAGAAACUGUGUCAGGAAAGUGGGAAACUAUUCAGUCAUAGUUAUCUCAUUAGACACCAACAUAUUCAUAGGUAGAAACCCUUUGAUUGCCUUGGGUGUCAGAAAAUCUUAAGUAGAAAUUCACAUCUCAUACCUCAUCAAAAAAUUUAUUCUGCACCAAAACACUAUGAAGGUGGAAAAGCCUUAAACACACAUAAUUUGUGAAGCACAAAGAGAUUCAUACUGGGGAAAAAGACCAUUGGUGGAAUGGAAAGCCUGUACCAAUAAAAUGUACAGCAAAUAUUGUACUUGAUGAAACUCAGAACUAUGAAUAUUAAGAUCAGCAAAAAAGAGGGAUUAUGCCUGCUAUCACUAUUUUUGACAAUAGUAUUGAGUGAUGUCAAUAAAACAAUAUGAAGAAAAGAAAUACAUGAUAUAGAUUGAGAGGAAAAUAUAAAGUUCAGACUAUGUACAGUAUAGGCCAAAUAAAAAUAGAUUAUUUCAAUAAUUAAAACUUGCAUUUUAUAACAUUGAAUUUUUGGACUCUACUUACGGCAGGCUUUCACAAUUUACAAUUGUAGUAAUGCAGUUUACCAUGUUGCUACAAAUCAAAAGAUUUUUAGUGAAUCAAGGAGUAAGAUAUUCAUUUUGCAAGUGUACAUAUGUGUGCAUGCAUUAAAAUUCCUAAAAUUCUUAAAAAUAAGUAUGUAAAAUAGAUAUAGCUCUUUUGAUUUUGUUAGAAAUUGUGAGCAAACUUUACCUGUACUGUUCUAGUUUGCUAAUGCUGCCAGGAUGCAAAACACUAGAAAUGGAUUGGCUUUUAUAAAAGGGGGUUUAUUUGGUUACACAGUUACAGUCUUAAGGCCAUAAAGUGUCCAAGGU